CGCGGCGCUGCGGGGCCCGGAGCCUUGGAACCGCGUGCUGAUCCCGAAGGCGGGGAGCCGGAGCACGGCGACGGUACAGGACCCCGGCGCGGCCCUGCAACUUUGUAUUGCAGCUGUAAUUCAAGAAUGCUGGCUGGUUACACUGUCACUGAAGAGCCAAACCUUAGAUGCAGAAACAGAUGUGCUAUGUGCAGUCCUUUAUAGCAAUCACAACAGAAUGGGCCGCCACAAGCCCCAUUUGGCCCUCAAACAGGUUGAACAAUGUUUAAAACGUUUGAAAAACAUGAAUUUGGAGGGUUCAAUUCAAGAUCUGUCUGAGUUGUUUUCUUCCAAUGAAAAUCAGCCUGUAACUACCAAAGCAUGUGUCAUCCCCAGCCAACCAGUGGUGGAACUGGUGUUGAUAAAGAUUUUGGGAGCCUGCAAAUUAUUACUUCGCUUGUUAGACUGUUGCUGCAAAACAUUUCUCUUGACUGUGAAACACUUAGGUUUGCAAGAAUUCAUUAUUUUAAACCUUGUGAUGGUUGGUCUGGUAAGCAGAUUAUGGGUUCUCUAUAAAGAUAUAUUAAAAAGACUGAUUUCUUUAUAUGAGCCACUGUUUGGAUUGCUUCAAGAGGUCUCUAGGAUUCAACCAUUGCCUUACUUCAAAGAUUUUACCUUUCCUUCUGAUAUUGUUGAAUUUUUAGGACAGCCCUAUUUUGAGGUCUUUAAGAAAAAAAUGCCUACAGCUUUUGCAGCUAAAGGAGUAACUAAAUUGCUAAAUAAACUGUUCUUAACAAAAGAGCAGUCACCGAGGUGCAGUGAAGAAACUUUGCUUAGGAUUUCCAAAAAAGCUAAUCAAAUGAAGAUCAAUAUACAGAAUAAUGUGGACCUUGGACAGCCAGUAAAGAAUGAGAAAAUCUUCAAAGACAAGUCGUCAGAAUUUGAUGUGAGAGCUUUCUGCAGACAGCUGAAACACAAUGCUAUUCAGGAGGCCAGGUUUGAGUUUAAAUAUCCUCAGUUGAAACUAAAUGCAACCAACCAUUCUUCUCAGAAAGUGAUGGGAACUCCCUGUGCCAAAAGUUUUUUGCAAAGACUCCAAGAGGCUGAGACUUUCACACAACUUUCUGAAGAAAUCCAGAUGGCGAUUCUGUGGUGCAGGAGCAAAAAACUCAAGGCUCAGGCUUCUUUUCUGGGCAACAAACUUCUCAAAAGUAACCAUCUGAAACAUGUUGAAGCUCAAGGUUAUAGUUUGCCCAAGAAACUAGAGUGCAUAAAAACAUCUGUUCGCAACUGCCUUCUUCGUGGCUCAGGUAGCAAAACUUCAAAGCAUCAUCCGAGACUAAGAAGAUCACAGAAUACAUUUUUACCGAGACAGAGAAAACCGCAGAGAAAGUUGCAGUCGACUUUUUUAAAGGAAAUUCAAAGGUCCCCUCAAGAGACUCAGAGUUCUACAGGUACCAGUAAACGGAGACUCUCACACUGUAGAGUUCAUAGAACUAAUUUCUACCCUAACAGUAAGCAACUCUUGAGUAGCAGAGUUUCAAAUCCUGUCAUACAAACUAAGGAGAAACAAAGUCAUGAAAAUCUUACAGGAAGCAAUGAAAAUGAAACUGACUCAUGGACAAUGAAGCAAAUGAAUAAACAUAAAACAUCAGGAACCAUUAAGGAGACAGAUGACAUUGAUGAUAUUUUUGCUUUAAUGGGAGUUUAGAUGCUCAUAUUUGAGACUUCUAAGUGAUUAGCAAACUAGUCCACUAUUCUGCGGUUUUAAGGGGAACUCCGGAGACAUGGAAAUAUCUGAAAGCACCACUUGGACUCAGACCUGAUUUAUUGCAAUAUUGUAUAGCAGUUCAGUUCAGUUCAAUAAACAUUUAAAGUAG